CCCCUCCCUCCCGGCUCCUGAACUCCAGCCCCUCUCUCUCUAUCAGCCGCUCACUCUGUCUCAAUAUGUCUCAAGAUGGCGGCCAAUGUGGGAUCGAUGUUUCAAUAUUGGAAGCGCUUUGAUUUACAGCAGCUGCAGAGAGAGCUCGAUACCACAGCAACAAUAUUGGCGAACCGGCAAGAUGAAAGUGAGCAGUCCAGGAAAAAACUUAUCGAGCAAAGUCGUGAGUUCAAGAAAAACACUCCAGAGGACCUGCGCAAACAGGUAGCUCCGUUACUGAAGAGUUUCCAGGGAGAGAUUGACGCAUUGGGCAAACGCAGCAAAGAAGCAGAGGCAGCCUUCUUGAAUGUUUAUAAGAGAUUAAUUGAUGUUCCAGAUCCGGUUCCAGCCUUGGAUUUAGGACAGCAGCUUCAGCUGAAGGUUCAACGCAUGCACGAUAUUGAAACAGAGAACCAGAAACUUAGGGAAACUCUAGAGGAGUACAACAAAGAAUUCGCCGAGGUGAAAAAUCAGGAGGUUACAAUAAAAGCACUUAAAGAGAAAAUCCGAGAAUAUGAGCAGACCCUGAAGAACCAAGCGGAGAACAUAGCCCUUGAAAAGGAACAAAAGUUACAAAAUGAUUUUGCAGAGAAGGAGAGAAAAUUGCAGGAGACACAGAUGUCGACAGCCUCGAAGCUGGAGGAGGCCGAACACAAAGUUCAAGCUUUGCAAGCAGCCUUGGAAAAAACCAGGACAGAACUAUUUGAUCUGAAAACAAAAUACGAUGAAGAAACUACUGCAAAGGCUGAUGAAAUCGAGAUGAUCAUGACAGACCUUGAAAGAGCAAAUCAGAGGGCAGAGGUGGCUCAGAGAGAGGCAGAGACCUUAAGGGAGCAGCUCUCAUCAGCUAACAAAUCUCUCCAACUUGCUACGCAGAUCCAGAAGGCACCUGAUGUGGAGCAGGCCAUCGAGGUGCUGACACGGUCCAGCUUGGAAGUAGAACUGGCUGCGAAGGAGCGGGAGAUCGCCCAGCUCGUGGAAGAUGUCCAGAGACUCCAGGGCAGCCUCACCAAGCUGAGGGAGAACUCCAGCAGCCAAAUCUCCCAGCUGGAGCAGCAGCUGACGGCCAAGAACAGCACACUCAAACAACUGGAAGAAAAACUGAAAGGACAGGCUGAUUAUGAAGAGGUUAAGAAAGAAUUAAAUAUAUUGAAAUCCAUGGAGUUUGCACCAUCUGAAAGCUCUGGUGGGCAGGAUGCAUCCAAACCGCUGGAGGUGCUGCUGCUGGAGAAGAACCGCUCGCUGCAGUCGGAGAACGCCACUCUGCGCAUCACCAACAGCGACCUGAGCGGGUCAGCCAGGAGAAAAGGGAAAGACCAGCCUGAGAGUCAGCGUCCUGCAACCUUGCCGGCCUCCCCUCCUUCCCAGUUGCUCCGCAACGCGGGGGAGCAGGCUUCCAAUACUAAUGGUACACACCAGUUCUCACCAACGGGUUUAAGUCAAGACUUUUUCAGCUCAUCCCUGGCGAGCCCCAGCUUACCCCUGGCCUCCACAGGAAAAUUUGCACUAAACUCUCUCCUCCAGCGACAGCUAAUGCAGUCCUUCUACUCCAAGGCAAUGCAGGAAGCAGGAAGCACAAGCAUGAUUUUUCCAACAGGUCCAUACAGCACAAACUCCAUAUCUUCCCAAAGUCCAUUACAACAAAGCCCGGAUGUAAAUGGCAUGGCCCCGUCUCCCAGCCAGUCAGAAAGUGCUGGGAGCAUCUCUGAAGGCGAGGAGAUAGACACGGCCGAAAUUGCACGUCAGGUGAAAGAGCAGUUGAUCAAGCACAAUAUUGGACAGCGGAUAUUUGGACAUUAUGUGUUGGGACUGUCGCAAGGGUCUGUGAGUGAGAUCCUGGCCCGGCCAAAGCCAUGGAAUAAACUGACUGUGAGAGGCAAGGAGCCAUUUCAUAAGAUGAAGCAGUUCCUCUCGGACGAGCAGAACAUCUUGGCUCUUCGCAGCAUCCAGGGUAGACAAAGAGAGAAUCCAGGCCAGAACCUGAACAGACUAUUUCAGGAAGUACCGAAACGAAGAAAUGGGUCUGAAGGUAAUAUAACCACAAGAAUCCGAACCACAGAGACUGGCUCAGAUGAAGCCAUCAAAUCCAUUCUCGAACAAGCCAAAAGGGAGCUGCAAGUACAGAAAACAGCUGAGCCGGCUCAGCCGCCUUCUGCCUCUAGCAGUGGCAAUUCUGAUGAUGCUAUUCGAUCCAUUCUGCAACAAGCCCGACGGGAAAUGGAGGCACAGCAGGCUGCCCUUGAACCUGCCUUAAAAACACCACCUUUAUCUCAAGCUGACAUUUCUAUCCUGUCCCCCAAACUAGUGUCUACACCUGCAAUGUCUUCGGUUUCCAGCUAUUCUCCUUUGGCCAUAUCCCUGAAGAAACAUUCAUCUGUCACUGAUUCCAGUAUCUCUGCAUUGCAGAACCUCUCUGGGCUCAAAAAGGAGCCUCAGGAGGCACCUGUUUUAGAGCUUCAUGGAAUAAGUGAUUCUGCCCAGGGUAUGUUGAGGCAUGUUAAAAAUGAGUUGGGACGUGGUGGUGUUUGGAAGGACCAUUGGUGGAAUACUGUGCAGCAUGAGAGAAGAAAUGCAGCUCUUCCCGAAGAUGUAAAAGUUGAGGAAGCCAGUGGUGGAAAAGAAAAGGUCAGCAAUCAGACUAGGCCAGAUCGUAGCCAGCUCCAAGGACCGUCUUCUUCCGAGUAUUGGAAAGAGUGGCCAAACGCGGAAUCUCCGUACUCCCAGAGUUCCGAAUUGAGCAUGACUGGGGCGAGUCGCAGUGAGACACCACAGAAUAGCCCCCUCCCUUCAUCCCCUAUCGUGUCCUUGUCCAAGCCAUCCAAACCUUCGGUUCCUCCACUGACACCCGAGCAGUAUGAGAUUUAUAUGUACCAGGAGGUGGAUACGAUAGAGCUAACGCGGCAGGUCAAGGAAAAGCUAGCAAAGAAUGGCAUCUGCCAAAGGAUCUUUGGGGAAAAGGUAUUGGGGCUGUCCCAAGGAAGUGUCAGUGACAUGCUCUCCAGGCCAAAGCCAUGGAGUAAAUUGACCCAAAAAGGCCGAGAACCAUUUAUUCGUAUGCAGCUCUGGUUGAAUGGUGAGCUGGGACAGUGUGUCCUGCCCGCACAAGGGCAGCAACAAGGACAAGUCCUUCACUCUGUGACAUCAUUACAGGAUUCCCUACAGCAGGGAUGUGCAAGCUCAGAAAGUACUCCAAAGACUUCUGCCAGUUGCAGUCCUGCUCCUGAAUCUCCCAUGAGUUCCAGUGAAUCAGUGAAAAGCCUGACUGAAUUGGUACAGCAGCCCUGCCCCGCCAUAGAGACGAGUAAGGACGGCAAAUCCCAAGAAUCCAGCGAGCUGCCUGCUUCCGAAUCCCAAUCCAGCACCCCUUUGCCGCUGUCGGGCCACUCGGCACUGAGCAUCCAGGAGCUGGUGGCCAUGUCCCCCGAGCUGGACACUUACGGCAUCACAAAGAGGGUCAAGGAAGUGCUAACGGACAACAAUCUUGGUCAGCGUUUGUUCGGGGAGACAAUCCUGGGCCUGACACAAGGCUCUGUCUCAGACCUUCUGGCUCGCCCGAAGCCCUGGCACAAGCUGAGUCUGAAGGGACGGGAACCCUUUGUCCGCAUGCAGCUGUGGCUGAACGAUCCCAACAACGUGGAGAAGCUGAUGGAUAUGAAACGAAUGGAGAAAAAAGCCUACAUGAAACGGCGGCACAGCUCUGUCAGCGACAGUCAGUCCUGCGAGUCCUCAUCCGCUGGAAUCGACUACAGCCAGGGGGCCAGCCCACAGCCCCAGCACCAGCUCAAGAAGCCCCGGGUGGUGCUGGCACCAGAGGAGAAAGAAGCUCUGAAAAGAGCCUACCAGCAAAAGCCAUACCCAUCACCAAAAACCAUUGAGGAACUCGCUACGCAGCUCAACUUGAAAACCAGCACCGUGAUCAACUGGUUCCACAAUUACAGGUCUCGCAUCCGCCGGGAGCUGUUCAUCGAGGAGAUCCAAGCCGGGAGCCAGAGCCAGGCUGGGUCGAGCGACUCUCCUUCGGCCAGGAGCAGCAGGGCGGCUCACAGCUCCGAGGGGGACAGCUGCGACGGCGUGGACGCGGAAGGCCCUCCCGAGGGGAAGCCGAGUGGCCCGGAGGCGGAUGAGUACAGCAAUGCAACCGCAAAGUCUCAGGGAGGGCCCGCCGAGCCGGCUUUCGAGGCGGGGGAAGAGGCACUGCGAGGCGCCAGGUCUUCGGAGAAAGCGGAGCCGUUCCAGGCCGAGAGCCUGGAGGACACCGACGACGAGGGCCGGCUCAGAGCACCGCGCCAGAGCUCCCCGCCGGCACCGCAGCGCCCGGGAGAAGCUCUGGAGACACUGCCAAACUCUGCCACGGAAGGGGAUGCCUCUACCUCAGCUGCCUCCACCUCAGUCCUUACGGGGGAGAGCUCCUACAAGUCAAAAGAAAGUUCGGAGAAAACCUCCAGUGUGCCAAGUACGAGCUCGACGCCGGCCGCAGGCUCGCAGAAAGCCAACUCUCUCCAGAGCUUGUUCGGCUUCUCGGAGGCGGCGAGCUCCAGGAACACGCGAGACAGCUCCUUGAGGAAAAAGAAAGCGGCCAACUUGAACAACAUCAUCCACCGCUUGGAGAAGGCCGCGAGUCGGGAAGAGGCCGUCGAGUGGGAGUUUUGAGAUUAAACUGGCCCAACUCGGGAGAGCUGGGAAGUCAAACUGGACCUCUACUGGUUUUAUUGUGUUCGCACUUAACCGCCCUGCGGGCCACAGGGCAAAAACGCCAUAGGCCAAGGUGCAUAUAGAAAUCAAAAAGGAGCGUUAAGCCCAAUUUAUGUUUGUGUUUUCGAGGAAGAAAACUGAAAAUGUGUAGUCGAGCUUUUUUGUACCCUGAAGUGUUUUUAUUAUUGCCCUAAGUGAUUUCCACAGUUUCUGGAAUAACUCAUACAGCUUUGCCUUGUGCCCUCCUCUUUGGUGUGGGGCUUUAAAAAAAUGAAAAACGGAAAAAGAAAAGAAAAAAAAAAAAACUUUAAAAAAAAAACCUAAAACUAAAAAAAAAAAUCAAACCCACAUAUUAAAAGGGGGCUUUUUAUCUGCCAUCUAAUGGCUACAGAGCGAUAAUACACUUAUUAUCUUCUUAAACCAGGAAAAAAGGGGAGAUUUUUCAAAAAAAAGAAAAAAAAAGAAAGUUUUUUGUAGCUGUUCAGUUGCCACUAAGAGAUUGCACAGUCAACCGACUCUAAACACACUAGUUUGGAUUCCUACAUAUUUUCAAGAAAAGAAAAGAAUCUUGUUGUUUGAAACUUUGAAUUAAAAAAAAAAAAACACAUUUACUCCACAUAUUUUUUAACAAAACAAAAAAAAAAGUCACAUCAGGAAAAUAUCUUAAUUUGUGGUAGCUGACUUAGUGUUUUCUUGUAAGUGAAAUAGAAUAUUGACACGUAGUGCACAUUGUUUCAUAGCUUUAACUGAUUCUGGUCUUUUGCAGCCCAGAAUUUGUUUAAUACACUCCAUUUUAGGCCAAAUCAGGACAAAAAAAAAAAAAUCUGAAUCUAGGUAUUUUAUAAUCUGCUUUUUAACCUCUAACCACAGAGCACGCUGAUCAGACCUCAUAUCUAGGAGGUUUAGGAGACAACUUAGAAACAGCAUGUACUUGAUCAUUUCACUUGGUUCGUAGUGUACAGGAUUUCCUCUCAGCAAAGACAGAUCGCUCCAAAAACGUUGGCCAGUAACAUUUCAGCCGCUACUUCGGGGGCGUAGCCCGUAUCCCGAAUAUUCAGCUUGCCUGGAAUCGAUGGAAAAGCAGUUCACGUGUCCGAUUGCUGUCACACACCACUAAGAGGGACUGGAGCUGCCGCAGAUCCGGCCCUUUUCCUGCUGUUGGUGGCCAUUUACUGACUCUCUUCCCACCGCAAGCACUGAUUUUAAAUACGUUUUAGUUGUGGGAAGCUUUUUUUUUUUUCUUUUUUUUUGGGUGGAUAAAGAGUACAUGGCAAUGACCAGACGGGCUCUUACCAGGAUGGAAGCAGCCCAAACUCCAAACCAAAACCUUUGUGCUCUCGAGUCCCAGUGGAGCCCGUUCUGUCCUGCAGAAAUACAGCCUUUUUUUUUUUUUUCUUUUUUUUUUUUAAGUCCCAUUAUUUUAUGCACAGGUUAGGGCUGAUCAAAGUACAAAUCAAAUUCUAACUUGUCUCUAACUCCUCCUGUUGUCUAUAUGUAUAUGCGUGAGCAUAGAGGUGCGUGGAAGGAUGUGUGUGCGUGGGUGUGUGCGUGCAAUUUUAUACGUCUGUGUAUUUUCUUACGUACUUGUGCACACAUAGAGUGCAUUACUGCCACCUUUUUUCAAUAAGCUGUUUUAUCAGUUAUGGCUUCUACAAGUUUGCUAAUUUAGACUCCUUUAUUGCCAUAUCUUUAAAACUAACAAUAGAUGAUUUCGGAAUAUAUAUAUAUAUAUAAAUAUAUAUAUAUAUAAUUUUUUUUUUUGCUUAUUUAUAGGUGCUGUAUUUUAUUAUCUGAUUGUUAGGAAGGGAUGAAAGGGGGCAAAUAUUCUUUAGAGGGAUAGACUGCCGGCAGUAUUGGGUAUAAUUUACAAGAUGUAGUUGUCAUACUGUAUAUUAUUGAUUGAAGACUUUUUUGACCGUAUUGUGUAUCAUUGAACUUUUGUCUUAGGUCAGCAUCUUUUUGAUGACACUUUAAUGGUGCAUUCAUUACUUCUUAAGUUUAAUUAAUAUUACUUUUCUGAUUUUGGGGGAGGGAGGGAUGGGGAGAGGAGUUCCGACUUUAAAGGUAUGUUCCCAAUAUUACACCUCAGUGUGCUUGUAUUAAUUCAUUAGUAGGAUUUUUGACUGUAAGAUGUGAAACCACAUUUCUUGCAUGAUGUUUUAGAACUUACGUAUUUCAUUUACAGUCUCUUAACAAGCGACAGCAGCACUUAGCGCAAGUUUUCACAAAUUAAGGAUCAGUACACUAAAAUCCAUCCUUUUCCAUGAUUAAGGAAAGAAGGCUCUAGGAGGCUGAAAGGCAGGGAUUUAUUUCCGAUUUUCACUGCUAGCUGUUUCAGGAUUCCUCCUUGGGUAACUGGGGACUUGUGAUGCAAAACUAAAACUGAGGAGCGGAGAGAGCAGCUGCCCCUUUCUGUGAUGAGCUGAGGAGACGAUUGGUAGUGACAGACACCGGUGUGUGACAGCACGUGCUGGGAGCGGUCCCGCCUUCCCACCGGGAGGGCCGUCAGUCCCUGGGAACAGCCAGCGAGGGGAGAACGGGGUGAAGCAAAGGGUUACCUCUCUGUACCUGUCCAGUGUCCUGGUUUGACUUCCAAAGCACAGCUCCAUCGAGAAAUGCACGUCCUGGUAAAAUACACAUACCUUGAGACAAGUCACAACGAGCUGCGUCUUCAGCCAAGAACCAAACCUUCUGGCUGGGAGACGCAGACAAUUUCUUAUGUUCUUUGUUAUUUUUAUUUUUUUUUUUCUUUGUUGUUGUUUGGUUCAGGUUGGGUUUUUUUAAUUAAUUCUAGGCAAUACACUUGCCAGUCUGUUCCUACUGUCCUUGUCUGCUGAUUUGAGAUCCAGGUGCUGGAUGCAGUCAAGUGGUUACUCUCAGCUUUCUCCGUAGUGAGGGGGUUCUUUUUCUGUUUGAUGAUAUUUUUUUUGAUUUUUUUUUUUUUAAUUAAUAUUCCCCAAACUGUUCUUGUGCCUGUGUCUAUCUGAUUGCAUUCCAUGAUGCUUACUGAGAGCUCUGGCUGCACUGUACGACAACAGAAACUGUAUUCACAGGUCGCACGCAAAUGCAGCACUUAAGGUCAAUCUCUCUUCUUAAUAAGCAAUACGUAAGUGCCUUGAAACAUAUCUUUUUCUUUUUUUUUUUCUUUUUUCCCUGUUUAUUUUUGGUUUGCUUUUCAGGUUUCCACCAGUCAUUUAGGAUUCUUUAGCGUCUGCCCACUUUUUAAUGCUGUAAUGAUUUUUAAAAAGCAUAUCUGUAGCUUGCCCUAGAGGAAAUCUUUCUUUCAUAACACUAACUGUUAAUUCUAAGCUCCAUUAUUACAUUUGAGUCAUGUAAUUUUGCUGGAUAAAGACAGCAUUCAGAAGUCAGAAGUCACUCCAUCCUGCCAAGGGUUGUCAUUGGGAUCUAUUAAGAAAUUAAUCAAAUAAAAUGCUGUCAGUAUUUCCUAUAUUUUUGGCACUUUAUUAGUGGCUUAGCUCCUUUUGCUGUUUCAUAUGUAAUGAUCUGCGUUGAAUGUGGAUUAGCCUGCUGAGAUGCUGCUGGGGUGACCUGGGCCUUCCUGCCUGGAGUCCCUUUGGGUUCCUUGGUGACCCCCUCGCUUAAGGGCAGGGGCAGACGAGCACCCUUGGAUCGAGCUCGUGGAGUUUAAGUGACGCUCCCGGUUUUUCCCGGCGUUUAGCCAAGGUCACAGCUGCUUUCCUGUUGGAAAGUAGAAUGGAUUAGCUUGAACUACUGCUGAGAUUCUCGGGUUGGACAUGAGUUACCUACUGGCUUUCCAAACUGGCCAAGCACCCCCCCCACCCCCCAGUUUAGAGACUGAACUUCCACCACAGGGUGUGAGCCGUAGUUGGGAUCGAGUGCAGCACUUAGAACUCACACUCAGAGGAAAAUGUGCAUUGGAAUAAUUUCUUUUACUUGUUCAAAAGGGUAAAAAGUUGGAGGAGAAGAAAUGCCAAAGACUAGCACAGUGGCUGUCACCCCUUGGGUCUCUGAUUCCAGGGGAAGGGAAUGUGUGACGAGGGGCAGAGCCCUCGCUGCCGACGUUUCUUUUCCUGAUGGAUAAAAGCACAGGCAGUUUUCAGAAAAUCCAUCAUGCCAGACUCUGGUUUUUUCCUGGGGUUCUUAAAAGCAUUUUAUUUUCUCUCUCUGUUUCCAGUUCCAUGCUCUUACUAAUGCUGUGCAGGAAGGGCCAGGGCUGUUUUAACAGAAAUACGUUUAUAUUGCAGUUAAAAUUGUCAGGUUUUCUCUCUGGAUGGUGAGGGAAGGAAAAAAGUGUAGUGCUUUGUUUGCUAAAAGCCAGCAAAGAGUAUCCCUUGGCAGAGGGGUCAUGUAGCAGAAUUGUCAAUACACUGCCAUUUUUGAGGAUACAGAAUUCAGAGAACAGGAUUGCACAUGUUUAUUGGCAGAAAUGCAUUUAAUUACAGCUUCUGUUGAUGCCAUAAAAUUGGACCAUUUUAUUUGCUCAUCUGUAAAAUGCCUAUAGAAAGAGCUGCCCUUUAAAGGGACCUGUGUCAGUGCACUCUGCCCAUGUCAUGAAUUAGUGAGUCCUUUAGUAAUAAACUCCUUGCUGUAAUAGGAAAGAUCUGUAUUACAGCUGAACAGAAAAAAAAGCAUGUGCCUUUCUCAUUAGCUAAAAGAUCUUUGCAUUAUUUUUAUGUAACCUGUUGAUAUGGGAAUGGUGUAGAGCAGGGGGUCAUGAACACAACAGAAUUUCUAUGCAAUACACUCUGAUCCAAUUACUUAAAACUUGCUAUUUUUUAGUCCUUUAUCAGGGGAAAUAGUAAGUUAAGAAAGUGCAUUGUUCUGGUGGUAAUUCAAACUACAAAGCUGAUAAAUUCACAUGAAAUAGGAUUGAGGGAAAUGUGACAAAAUAAUGUGAUGAAAUCAUGGAAAAUGCUCACAGUAGUUGCAGUCCCCACUAGCACAGCUGCCAUCAGAAGUCUCUCAUUUUUCAUCUUAAAGUUAAUAAUUUCAGGUAUUCUUAAAGCUUACAUGAAUAAAAAUGCUCCUGGCAAAAACAGGGCAGGUUAGAAAUCCUAACCCAGCUAAAUCCUAGGGGCUGGAUUUAACAUUUUCUAAAACCAAAUUAAGGCUUUCCCAUGAGUGUGUGGCAUUUUUGGCCCUGAUGUGACCAGCUGGUUAUAGCCUCCUAUCCCUAAAUUUAGUUCCCAUGGAUAAAACAUCAGCAAAGCAGGAUUGAGUUGACUCCUGUGUUGUCCUGCUGCUUUCCCCUGUCACUUCCUGCUGCCCCACUGUGUGAACAUCAACAUUUUCUUCCUUUGUUUUGCAUAUACAAUCAACUUACUUUUUAAAAAAUGGAGAAUUUAAAAAUUCUAUACAAAGAAAAUACUCUUCCCCCCCACCAGCAGUUUAAAACCUGGUUUUAAAUUGCAGGGAGCAUCACUGGCAUGGGAAGCACGAGAUCUGAGUUUCUUUUCUGGCUCAGCCUUCUCAGUUUGAAAAGGAGUGUAGCAGUCCCUGUCUCCUCCACUGAGCUCUAAAACAUAGAAAUAUAAUUUCAGCAAUUUGUUCUUCCCUCCCCAUCUCUUUUAUGGGAUAUAUUGACUAUGCCAUAUAUAAAAUAUAGUUAAUAAUGAACUUUAUAGAAAGAAAAGCCCUUUAUGCCAUGCCUAGGGACUGAUUUGUCCUACAUGACCAGGUCAUGGGCUAUACCCUACCCUCUUAAUAUGCAAGGAGAAAAUGGUUUUAUGCUCUGAACGUGAAAUUUAUCCUUUUGGAGAAGAUUAGCGUUAGGCCUGUGCACUUAAGUUCUCAAAAAGCCUUAAAACCAGAUAUGUGAGUGGUGCCAUCUCUGUCCUCAGGGAUGAUUCCCCGAGCCAAGCAGUACUGUGGCAUAUUUAACAGAAGUUAUAAGGUCAUUUUCCAGUUGAAGAAAGUCAUUCAUUGAACUUUAUUAGUGAACCCCUCACCAGCACCCUCUGCUACAAUCCAGGGCCUGCUUUUCCCAAGACCUGGUAAUUCCGUGUCUAUCCCAAAGUCCUUGCCUGUCUUUGAAGUCUGUGUUUCUACAACUACUUUAUGAAUGAAAAUAAAAAAUUAAUGGGAUUCCCUGGGCUUGGUUUUCACUGCCACUAACAAACAUGUUCUGGCACUAAAGUGCGUUAAAAGGAAAUGCCUCCUUUAAAAAAAUUAAUAAGAUUAUUGUAUUUUUCCUUGUCCAGCUCUUCUAUAAAGGACAGUUCUGCCAUUUUUCGAGCUGGCUUUACUCACAGUGAUGCGAGGAGAUUUUAGCCACAGUUCUGUAGGUUUCUGAUUAUUAAAACUGUUGGUUUCAUCAUAUAAUUUCCUUUUCUUCAGCUUUUGAACCAGCUGAAUUCAGAGAGCAGCUGAAUCCUCAACCACAAUGAAAUAGUGCAGGAAACAAUCCAGCAAAAGUAGAUGCCCCUGUGUGAUGUCCCAUCUUGGACUUUCUGUUUGAAUAUUAGAGAUAUUUGUGCUUCGUGGUACAAUCUUCAUCCAAAGAUCCUUGGAAAUGGACAGUCAUGCCAGGAAUUUCCUGCUGUUGUGGUGCCAUUACCUGCUUUUUGCAUCAUUACUGUGUAAUUCUGGCAGUGUCAUGACAGCAGAGCCUCUCUGUUGAUAGCAAGAAUAAUGGCAUGGGUUGCAUUCUCCUCUGUCUAUGCGGGUAAUUAAUAUGCAUUUUUAGGAGUUGUUAAACGUGUCUUUGUACAUCAUCCCAGUAUGGAAAAGCCCCUCUGUGUAUUUAGUAUUUGUGUGCUUGGUCGUAAUGGUGCAGUGGAGUUGCUACAGCCAAAUUUGUGAAAUCAUUUGGGAGGCAGGUGAGCGAGGGCUUAAAACCAACGUGUAUUUUAAUGGGUGGAGAUGCCAUUUCCCACUUGUCAGAUCCGUUCCCUGUUGCAAAGAGGGGAUUAGUCAUGGGAGAGACUGGGCUGUUGGAGAUACACAGGUUUAGCUAAUGAGGACAGGGAAGAUCAUGUUCAGAAUACAUAAAAAUGAUCCCAAGGGUCUGAGAUGUGCAAGAGUCAGACAUUGCCUGCAAUAUCCUGUGAUAAUUACUCUGUAGGUUUGGCUCCUGCAGGAAGUUAAUAUGCCAGAUAUUUGCACACUUCCAGUGUACUCUCCUAUAUCUGUGUCCAGCAGGAAGGUGGACAGUCAAGACAUAUUUAAAACAAUCUCAAAACCAUCUGAUGAAGUAAAUUAAAACCAAGUAUCGAAUUCAGGCAGUUCAGGUUUGCUGUCCCUAAGCUGAAAAUUCAAGUAUUCUUAGGAAUGAGAUAAAAAACCUCUGUUAGGCAGCUCCUGUCGGAACGCGAGUGUCUGUGCUUUCAGGAGAAUAAAUAAAACCUGGCACUUGACUUGCUCUGAAGUACAAUCUUGUCCCCAAGUAACUAGAAAAAAAUACUUUCUACAAUCAGUCUUUCAAUCAGACUUCUCUGGCUUUUGUAGCUUAUGUUGGACCCUUUGUGCUAUUUUGGUGUGUUAUUUAUGUGUGGGUAAGUUAUUACUAGCUUUAAAAGUGUUUCCAAAGUACCUGGUUACCUCUGGAUGCUGGUGCAGGUGAUACAGGGAGUACUUGAGCAUUUGGUUCAGAAAGGAGCCGUGUGGGGAAUAAGCAAGGUCACAUCUGUAUCAUACUUUUCAUUUUCCUUGAUCAGGGCUUCCAUUUCCUUCUCACUUGCUCCAUCUGGAGAUGGAGAUCAUGGAUCAUUUCUUUUUUCUGGGGGGAAAGAUUUGAGUUAAGCUCGAAACUAUUUUAUUUUCACUCAGAAGGCAUAUCAUCAAAAUCCUGUACGCUGCCACAUCUCCCGUUAAGUUUUUAGGGUUUUGCUACUUAUCUGAAAUUUCCUAUUUUAACAAGCUCUCUCUACUUGGAAAGCUAUGUGCCUUAUUUCCUAAUCUCUUCAUGGAGAAUAAUCUAAAGCACAGUGAUCUGGAUUGCAGCAUUCCCAGCCGCUUUUCCCCCGGAGGGGAGCAGACACUGGUGGAGUCACACAUCGCCCCUUUGCUCACGAGCACUUCCCACGCUGUGCUUGAGUCUUAGUGCAAUAGAAACUCUGGUUCUGUGUGUCUGGAGGGUCGUGUCCUGCUGCCAACACAGCCAGGCACGAGCUCUGGUUUAGGAGAAUUCAGGUUCCUGGGGGUUAAAAACAAAAAAAAAAUAAUCCAUAUCUCCAGUGGGUCUCGGGGUGGGAAUCAACCAUCACCCAGCAGUGUUGAUCUCGUUAGGCUCAGUCUCACCCCCUGUGCUCGCAGGUCUGUCAGCAUCCAAGAAACACUCGUGGGCACCAGCCAUCACAGCCCCAUGUCCUUGGGGCCACCAUUCACACCUGCUGUCCCCAUUUCCACACCCACAGCCGUGUUGGCUCCGGUUGGUGAGGCACUGCAGAGUCAUUUCAGUCUGAAUUUGGUUCUGCCCAGAAGAGGCUUUCACCCCCCAGCACCCUCAGCCCUUCCCAGCCCUUGGGUGUCCUUUUCCAGGCUUGCUCUCUCUAAAGCAUCAUAAGGUGAAAUACAUAGAGGUGGUUUGUAAUUAGGAAAACAAUCUAAUAUUUCCUAUUUAUGAGAUUAAUUUUAACGGUCGGUUGGGGUUUUUUGUUGAGAUUUGUUUGGUUUUGUUUGAUAUAAACACAACAGGAGUAUACAUAUCAUUGGUUUGGGUUGGAAGGGACCUUAAAAAUCAUCUCAUUCCAACCCCCUGCCAUGGGCAGGGACACCUCCCACUAGACCAGGUUGUUAUCCCCUAAAUGGAUGUUGGAGAAAGCUUGGGAUAUCCUAGAGAUGGAGCAGGUGGUGUUGGCUUGUAGUGUCCAUAUCACUGUGCCCCUGUUGUGUUUUCUAGAGCAAUCAUUUUUUUUCUUUAAGGAAAAAAAAACGUAUUUUAUCUAAAUGCCUAAUAAAUAAUAUUAUUUAAAUAGCUUUUAAAAUAAUUUAGGACUGAGAACAAGAAGCCUCAGUUGUGAGAGAAAAGACUUAAAGUAUACAGAGAGAGAAAAUACCCUGAGCCUCCUAGAGCCUCUACUGAGAAUUUGCUGAAGAUGCAGAGCCCCUGGUCAGAGCACAUUGCGAUUGUUCAUUUAAAAUGAGAGACUGGUUUCCUGUGAUGUUCAUCUUUGUUGGCAUUUGUUUGGCUUUCUGAAUUCAGAGCUGAUUUCCUUCUUGUUCAAAGUUAGUCAAGGAAAAAAAAAACAAAAACAAAAAAAACAAAAAGGGAGAAAAAUCCCAGUUCACCUUGUGGAGCAGCAGCUUCUCCUGGCGUGGGCUCUGGAGACCCACGCUGUGCGUUGAUCUGGGUCACAGAGGAAGGGGUUCAGUUUUCUUGCAGCAUCAAGACAGGUUCAGACAGGCUUUCCCUGGCGAGGUAACACUGGUGAGCGAGAGAAAAGCUGCAGAAGCCAGACUGCAACCCCCAGUUUGGGGUAGGGGGAGCGUGUCUGCAGGGGGGGACGGUCCCAGGGCUCCGGGCCCAGAACCGACCCGGUCCCACGGUACCACCUGGCAUGGGCAAAGCUGGAAGGUGCUGAGCCAGCUGCAGGGCACGUCACUCACCACUUCUGUGGAUUGGGAAGCCAAUUUGCACUUUGCCUUUCGAGGGUGUCCCACUAAAAAAAAACAAAAAAAAAACAACAACAAAUCAUCCGAUGAAUUUCCCACUAAAAAACCAUCCGAUGGGUUUCCCACGUCAGGUUCUUUUCCUUCUGGCGUAGCCCAAAGGAAAAAGAAAAUAAGAUUAAAUAAGGCCUGGUGUAAGUGUUGGAUAAGCUCUGCCAAACAGAAGGUUGUUCCUCUCGGAAUACUCUAUGCAUUUCUGUGGUGAAAAGCAUUUUCUCCCGUUCCUUGCUGGAACGCUGCGAGAAUGUCACACGUAGGAAUUUGGACAUCGAUCCCAAAGCAGGUGGAGGCUGGGGAGGGGGGAAUGUUCUUUUUUUUUCCUUCUUCUUUUUUUUUUUUUAUUUGUUUCCCUCAUGUCCCUCUUCAUUUAUUUUUUUUUAAUUAAAAAAAUUAACUCUUUUGCAUUUGUGCAAUAACUACUUGCCAUGAGAAUGGGCAGACCUUGGAAAUGCCCCGACUACUAACACAGCACAAGAUGAACUCGAACAGAAAGUGGUGUACUUUUUCCUGAGAACUUUUUUUUUUUUUUUUUUAAUAAUAAGCUCAGUUUUUACCCCAGUGUAUUGUGGUGUCUUACAUUUUUAGCAGUAUUUUAUAUUUUUUUCUGUAACGCACUAAGUCUUAGAUGUUUUUAGAGCUUGUUUGUUAUAUUCACAAUCACAGAUUUAAAAAAAAAAAAAAAAGGAAAAAAAAAAAGAUCCUCACAAAGACCCAAUUGACCAAAAAAAAAAAAACCCUACAAAAAAAAAAAAAAAAGGGUUUUUUUUUUUUUUUUUUUUUUUUUUUUGUACAAGUAGCUUUGAGAAGCCCACAUUGUGUUGCUGUGACUCAUCUUUUGUAACAUUUUAUUUCUUGGUAUUUGUUUAAACAUAAAAAAAAGUUAAGAGUUUAUCUGGCUGGCAGUGCAGGGCAGCGCUCCCUCGUCAGCAGACGGCAUUGUUUCUGUCUUUGUUUGGUUUAGCCAUAUAAUGUUUGUUCUCAGCACUGUACAACGGUCCCUAUAUGAUAUGGAGAAGCAAUAUCACUGUAUGAAACUCACACGAUGUAUUAUUAUUAUUAUUCACUAGCACCCUAGGUGUGAUAAUUGAAGUAAAUAUCUUUUAUACAAACACAA